ACAGACAGCACACGAGUCACCUUUCCCUGUCAGCAGCAGUGGCGAUGACCAUCACCCGCCGGAGUGAGGGGAGAGACAGGGUUCUCUCGCCGAAGAUCGCGGCAGCUGCAGCAGUGGGGGUGGCGGUGGCGACGUCGUUGGCACUUCUAGUCCAGCCUGGCCAGGCCUUUCACACGAACAUGUUGGCCAGCGGUGCUCUGCGCCGUGCAUCUGCUUCAGCCGUCCGCCGAGCACCGGCAGCAGCAGCAGCGCUGCCACGACGCCUUGCAACCAAUCGCUGCGGCCCUGGGUUUUCAAUGGCCUGGGAAGAUGAUGAUCGUGUGCGACGGCGAGGGAGGCAGGUUGAUCGCGGGUUCAGCAGCGGCGGCGUGGUUGACAAGAGCUUGAACGAUGGCGACAGCACCGACAGCUAUGGCGGUGGGGGCGGUAGCGGCGGUAGAGUAGGGGGAGGGUGGGCAGAUGCUGACGGCGGUGACGGUGGCGGCAGCGGCAGCAGUCGACAACAAAAAUUGUCGGACGGGCGAGGAAGAGGAGGAGGUGACAACUACAGAAAUGGGGGCGGUAGCCGUGGAGAGGGGGCGGUGCAAGGGGUGGGCGUGGCGGCUACGAUCGGGAUUUCGGUGGGCGGGAGAGCGGAGGCCGUAGUAACUCCAGCUGGGACGACCACAGAAGUAGGGGCCGGGGGCGGGGGGGGCAGGGACGCGGUCGGGGCCGCUCCUCGUACGGCGGGAGGGAAGGCGGCGGCCGCUCUUACGAUGGGAGAGAGAGGUCAUUCCGGGGGCGGCGAAACGAUGCAGGUGGUAGCGAUAGCGCGAACGAUAGGCCGUCUCGAGCGUGGACUCCUUCCUCUGGAGGCGGUGGAGGUGAUGAGAUGGCGUGGGGGGGGGCUGGGAGGGGUGGGCGGGGUGGCGCACAGCGAUACGACGAAGGCCAACUACCAAGCGGAGCUUUCCCCCACCCACAACGUGGAUGAGGACACGAACUUCGACAUGGUGUAUGGCAUCGCCCCUGUGCUCAACGUGCUGAGGAACAAUCGGCGCGAGAAGCUCGGACUGUACUGCCAGGAUGGAUUGGCGCCGGCGAACAAGAAGGACCGCGCCGCGGCGAACCGGAUUUACGACAUCGCCAGAGAGACCGACGUUCCAAUGACCACGACCGACAAGGGCUACCUCAACACGCUCUGCGGGAACCGCCCUCACCAGGGCUUCAUCCUCAAGGCACGCCCUCUCAAGUUCGAGCCCAUCCUCUUCCUGCCGCGCGUCAAAGACGUAGAAGCCGACCCCUCGGUCGAAGCAACAGCAACAGCGGCAGACGCCGAGACAUCGCCAGAACACGACGACGAUGACGACGGACAAGAAGAAGACCGUAAUGCUGCUGCCGCACCCAAGAAGCCCCCGGCGCCCCUGGCAGCGGCCGCCACCGGGCAGGUCUGGCUGGCGCUGGACGAAGUCACGGACCCCCAGAACUUCGGCGCGCUCCUCCGCUCCGCCCACUUCUUCGGGGCCUCGGGGGUCGUCGCGUGCGCCAAGAACUCGGCCGCCCUCACGGCAACCGUGAGCAAGUCCAGCGCGGGCGCCGUGGAGGUCAUGCGCGUCCACUCGACCGCCAACAUGAUGCGGUUCCUGAAGCGGAGCCGGGAGAACGGGUGGAGGGUCGUGGGCACCUCGGUCAGCGAGAGGUCGGGGCCGCUCCACGAGCUCCCAGCGGGCCCGGGGGCCCCGCCGACUAUCGUGGUGCUCGGGAACGAGGGGUACGGCGUGCGCACCAACGUCCUGAGGGAGUGCGACUUCUUGGUGGAGGUCGCGGGGGACGGCGGGGGCGCGCUGGCCGAGGGGGCGACGCCUUCGACGGUUGACUCGCUCAACGUUAGCGUCACCGGUGGAGUUGUUCUGUUCCAUUUGCUCGCCGGCGCGAAACACGCCGCGGCAUACGCAGCUUCUUCGGACUGAUUCGCGUGUGCGAUUCUUUGAUGGAGUAAAGAGGCUCGGGUGUGAUAAUAUUUUUGCACGAAGUCAGUUGGAAAAUUUGGUUGUGAUCAUGAUUUUUUAUUUAGUGUUGCGUGCUGCU